AUCUGCCCGUCUCAUCAUCUUCUUGUAACAACAGCACACCCAACAAAACCAACAACAUAUCCCCCUCCCUUGCAUGACUGCCCAACAUGGAUAACGCGCAGAUUGCUGGUUCUCCAGCACCCAGCCCGGCCAAAGGAAAACUCGGCAAUCUCAAGAAAGCCGUAGGCAGAGGUGCUGGGAAGAAAAAUGGCCGCAAGAAUGCCGCUGCCCCCAGGAGAGGCGGCCGCCCCAAGGGACGUGGUCGCAAUAAGACUUAUGAGGAUCCCCGUGUUCAAGCUGCCUACGAUCGCCAGAAGGUGCUACGCGAUCUCUAUUCCGAGGUCGCCAGCGCUGUCAAGCCCGUCCUUGAGGACCUCGCUGACAUGACCGUAAAAACACUUAUUGAGACCCCCACAGCCCAUAAGGCGGUUCCCGAGUAUCAUGUCUUGCAGCGAAAACUCGACAGCCGCCUCGAAGAGGUUAUGCGCUCUGCCGACCGCGAGUUCACCACUAGAACAGCCAUUGCUACUCGCGAGUACCAGCUCAACACUGCUGUCACUGAACAGAAAUUCCACGAUGGCUACGACUACGCAGCCGAAGAAUUCUACGACGCGUCUCUUAAGCGAGCCGGUCUUCUAGCUGAGAUACAACAUGAAGGUGUCGACAUAAAUUUGCCCGAUACGACUUAUACAUUCGUAGAGCAACCUGACCAUGUGGCUGCUGAACAAGGCACUUGGGUUGUGUUCCGCAACGGUAUCAAAGUACCAUAUCCGCAUUUACUAGAAGAGAAUAAGAAGGCGGCGGCGGCUAAGGUCCAGGUGACCAAGGGCAAACCUUUUGCCAAGCGGAAGGCGGAAGACCAACCGGAUGGUCAACCCGACACCAAGAAGACUACAGGUUCCUCUGGACUUGCUAAGCUAGACAAUGGCGAUGAGAUGUCUACUCCACAACCACGACAUAUCAAGGGAUUACUCUCAGCCGAAACAGAACCGGAUGGAGAACCUGAGUCCAAUGCAGCCUCGCCUUCGCCUGAGUUAGAUCCAAGGAUGGAGGUAUCUCGGGGAAGAAGAGACUUGCCAGAUCUUCCCAAUGGCGCAUCGGAGCCCGAUAAAUGGGGUGUCCGCAUCGUUGCAAGAAGGGGACCCAGAGCUAACAAUCGCCUCAUCCUGCCUCCUCCUUUUAUUUUUGACGCUGAUGAAAUUGGUUUCCGGGACUCCACGAAUGAUUCGAGCAAGAAGGCCACACGUGGAACACGGGGCAGGUUUCUCGACAAUCCCAAUUCCAGAAAUCUUCAUAUAGAUCGCACGAUAGUGACGUACGAUUGCCUUGAAUAUGAGGAUGACGCCUUGGAUUCUAGCCUUGUCCAGAAGCAUAACAUUCACCCUAAGUAUGGUUUAUUCUUGCCGGAUUCUCGCAACGAACCAGAGUCUCCUCCGCAUCCCGUGUCCGGGUCGCACCCCAUCGUGAUGAUUACUCCCAGUGGUACUACGCUACAUGCAUCUCGGUCUGUUAGGGGUUAUAAUAUGGAUGCCACUUUGCGUGAGGAUGCCAGAAAGGAUAAAAUAUCUCUCCUCAUUACGCAGUACUGUGAAGAGUCUGGUAUUAAGUCAGACGAAGUCACGACCGAAGAGAUGCGCAAGCGUGAGCGCGAGCGGCAACGCCGCAUUUUGGAGGAAGCUCCUAUUGAGGCCGAGGACACCAACAAGCGUCCUGUAGAUGACCGCCUUGAUACCGGAGCUAGAGUAAUCGAUGAGUCUAUCGCCAGAGAGAAUACAAACCGACUUCUUCACGCCGCGUCUUGCAUUGAGCAAGAACGACAAGACCGACCAAACCAUCCUACGUCCAGUCAAAGAUCAUCUCGGCCCUAUGACGCCGUUCGAGAUGUCUUCACCAGUGCCGGGCCGUCAACUCCUCCGCCGAUGCCACCAGUAGAGAUAGAUACGUUUGGUCUUUCUUUCCUUGCCGAUGUCUCGGAACAAAUCUCUCUGCAGCGCGAGGCCCAGUUCGACCCAGCGCUCGACCACCGUCUGGAGCAUCAUGUUGAGUAUCGUCCAGACUAUCCGAUGGAGCAUCAUCCCCAUAUUCACUAUGAAUAUCGUCCCGAGUAUGUUCCAGACCAUCGGCCUACCCACCAUCUCGAUCCUCGACUAGAACAACCAGAUGUUAAUUCGAUGGGCGACUCAAUGAUUGAUCCAAUGAUUGACCCGCGCCUUCUUGGUCCUUCGAACCCUCCUCCCCCACCUUCGAAUGCAUUUUUGCAAACCGCUCUUAAUCCACCUUCUAUGCUUCCUCACAUUGCACCAGCCCCACCCCAGGGAAUAGAGCUACCAAAUCAAGCUCCUGUUGGCAGAAAUCCGUUCACAAACCAGGGGAGUGGCAAGGGCAGUCCCGUGCUUCCUCCUCUUCGCCCGUCACGACGGGAAAAGGCCAUGGACUCUGCCCAUCCACCGCCGCCAUCGCUUAUUCCCCAGGGUCCAGAUUAUGGUCCUCCUCUUGGUAUGAUACAGUCCAAUUCUGGAAAUUUCUUUCCGCCUGCUCCGUCUCGCCCCUAUCACCAAGGGUACACCCUAUUUGAGCAACCUAUGAUGGGGAUACCUUUCGGGAUGUCAUCUCAGCCCCCGCCUCACUUAGCCCCAUCACACAGACCUGCGUACCAGCCUUCGUCCCCGACAAUGUCAACCCACGCCCAGAUUGCAGCUAUGCCCAUGCACAUGCCUCAUGGGUCAUCUGUGUCUCCGCCAGGCUCAUCUAUGGGGCUACAAUCACCAACGGGACCUCCGGGUAGUCGACAUAGGGCUUCAAUGUCGUCGGGCAGCAACGGUCCCGGGAAUGGCAAAUACCGCAAGAUUGCGGCAGCACCCAUUCCACAUAACCGGCCUUGGCCGUCAAAUGGCGGUGCAGAACUUCGUCUUGCACAUUACGACCACAAGGAAGCUAUCAAAGAUUAUAGAGCAAAUGAGCCUCCCCCACGGACAGGUCCCACGACCAUCCGAGGCUGGAACGUAAACAAUGUUUCUAAAGGGCGGAAGGGCCUCAAGAAAGAGGACUCGGAGGAGAAGGACUCGCCGAGUAUUACCACAUUUAUUAACAAAUGGAAUCCGUCUGAGAAGUCUCUUGGAUAAUCAUUCUAUAUUAUUCCAUGCUCUAGUCCUGGAGGAGACUGUACGACGAUUGUGCAGGAAACACUCUCUCCAAAAACUC